AGCUCUAUUUGUAAAGGUCUUGAGAACAAGAACAGUGACUUCGGCUCCGGAGCUUCAAUAUAGUGGCCUGCUUGGCCUGCCCAUCUCGGGUCUCUCCAGGAGGACCCAGCCACUUAAGGGUCGUCUUCUGCUGCUGACCCCCAUCAAAUCCCAUCAUGCCCACAGCCCUGUGCCCCCGAGUCUUGGCUCCGAAGGAAAGUGAGGAGCCCAGGAAAAUGAGGAGCCCACCUGGAGAGAACCCUAGCCCCCAAGGGGAGCUUCCCAGUCCCGAGUCUUCUCGGCGCCUCUUCCGCCGUUUCCGCUACCAGGAGGCGGCGGGCCCCCGGGAGGCCCUGCAGCGCCUCUGGGACCUGUGCCGGGGCUGGCUGCGGCCUGAGAGGCACACCAAGGAGCAGAUUCUGGAGCUGCUGGUGCUAGAGCAGUUCCUGGCCAUCCUGCCCCGGGAGAUCCAGAGCUGGGUGCGGGCGCAGGAGCCUGAGAGCGGAGAGCAGGCUGUGGCCGCGGUGGAGGCACUGGAACGGGAGCCCGGGAGACCCUGGCAGUGGCUCAAGCACUGUGAAGACCCUGUGGUGAUUGAUGAUGGGGACAGCCCUCUGGACCAGGAGCAGGAGCAGCUGCCGGUAGAGCCCCACAGCGACCUGGCAAAGAGCCAGGAUGCCCAGCCCAUAGCCCUGGCACAGUGCCUGGGGCUCCCAAGCAGAGCACCAAGCCAGCUCAGCGGGGAUCCAGUUCUGCAAGAUGCUUUCCUUCUUCAGGAAGAGAAUGUGCGGGACACACAGCAGGUGACCACCCUCCAGCUACCCCCGAAUCGGGUUUCUCCGUUCAAGGACAUGAUUUUAUGCUUCUCUGAAGAGGAUUGGUCCCUUCUAGAUCCUGCCCAGACUGGCUUCUAUGGAGAGUUCAUCAUUGGGGAGGAUUGCGGGGUCUCAGUUCCUCCAAACGAGCUAGCAGCCCAGCCGGAUCUCUCCCAGAGAGAGGAGAAUGAGCCUCGCGUUCCAGAGCCGCAGGAUCUGCAGGGGAAAGAAGUGCCCCAGGUCUCCUACUUGGACUCUUCAAGUCUCCAGCCAUUCCAAGUAGAAGAAAGGAGGAAACGUGAGGAGCUGCAGGUGCCGGGGUUCCAGGCCUGCCCACAGACGGUGGUGCCUCAAAACACCUACCCAGCUGGCGGCAACCCGCGAUCUCUAGAGAACAGCCUGGACGAAGAAGUGACCAUCGAGAUCGUUCUGUCCAGCUCUGGAGAGGAAGACUCCCAGCACGGCCCGUACUGCACGGAAGAGCCGGAGAGCCCCAAAGAGGAGCAGCGCAGCCUCCCCGCCUCCCACCGGGGCAGCGCCGAGGCUGGGGGCGAGGUGCAGACCUCCAAGAAGUCCUACGUGUGUCCGAACUGUGGGAAAAUCUUCCGCUGGAGGGUCAACUUCAUCCGACACCUGCGAAGCCGCAGGGAGCAGGAGAAGCCGCACGAGUGCUCAGUGUGCGGGGAGCUAUUCAGUGACAGCGAGGACCUGGAUGGGCACCUGGAGAGCCACGAGGCCCAGAAGCCUUACCGGUGUGGUGCCUGCGGGAAGAGCUUCCGACUCAACUCCCACCUGCUCUCCCACCGGCGGAUACACCUGCAGCCGGACAGACUCCAGCCGGUGGAGAAGAGAGAGCAGGAGGCGUCCGAGGACGCGGACGAGGGUCCCAAAGAGCCGCUGGAAAAUGGCAAGGCCAAGCUGAGCUUCCAGUGCUGUGACUGUGGGAAGGCCUUCCAGCGGCACGACCACCUGGCUCGGCACCGCAGCCACUUUCACCUGAAGGACAAAGCCCGGCCCUUCCAGUGCCGGUAUUGCGUCAAGAGCUUCUCGCAGAACUAUGACCUCCUUCGCCACGAGCGCCUACACAUGAAGCGCCGUUCCAAGCAGGCUCUGAACUCCUACUGAGCCUGCCCACCUGAGGCGGCCUCACCCUGGCCGGUGCUGCCCCCUCACAUUGGUACUGAUCAGCGCCCCCACCCAGGACGCCCCUUCCCCAGGAUAGAGAGCACACCUCCCUCCUGUCCUUGCUCUCAGGUAGUGAGCGUUCGGGUGGUGCCGUGGGAGCACUCUCCCUCCCCCAGGUAUUGAAAGAGUGGCCAAGUGAG